UCUGUAAAUUGGCAAAGCUGACCUUUCACGAUUGAUGAGCAAGCUCUGAGAAAAUAGAAAAGGAUGCGAAGUAAGAUGAGGAAACCAACAGUCAUUUGCAGUUCAGUGCCUACAUGUACGAACCGAAAAGGAACUUUGUGAACUCCAGUGUUAAAACGUCCCCAACCCCCAACCAUGCCAGACGGCUGAGAGCUCCAAGCGUAGAAACCCCCAGGAUGACGGAACCCAGGGAAGGAGGGAGUCCGGCCGCUGACCCCUACGCAGAGGUCAGGGUCAUCGACUCCCAGCUGCAGCACUUUAGAAAUUAUUUUGAUGUCAUCCAGGUCUACAAGUGCCGCAUCUGCUCCUUCUGCAGUCCCCUUGAACAUGUGAUAGCCAGUCACAUGUCGGAGGUCCACUUCCCACGCCGAUGCUUCCUCUGCAAACAGUGCCUCUUCGUCUUUGAGGACCGCGCCCAGCUCAACAGCCACCUCGACUCCGCCCACGGGACGCGCAGCAUCGCAGUCUGCUUUGGAGAGUCCGGACCCUUCGUCAACUCCCCGCCGACCUGGCACGCGGGCGUCGGACGAUCGUCUGAGGAUGAUGAGCAGCUUUCGAGACAGAGCACGGAAGAACAGCCGGAGAGUGAGCCUAAUAAUGGAAGAGUGACGUCAAGCACUGGGAACCUGGCAAAUCUACCGGAUGAUGUGCAAAUGGAACGUGGCAAGAGUGUUUCAUCACUCAGUGUUCCUACAGAAGGAGAGUUCUUGAGGGGUACACCUUCAGCAGGUGAGGGCAGACAAGAACAAGUCCUGUCCAGAGGUAGUUCUUGCAAUCCAUCCACCACAGACCAGGAUCUGUCUGCAGGUUCAGAACCAGUCCAAACACCAGUGGUCCAGCGUGACAGUGUGGCACAUAUCUCAAGACAAGCUUCGGAAGAAUCUCCAGACCAACCUAGGGUCGAGACUCCAAGGUUGAGCGAAAGCAUCAAGGAAAGUUAUAUCAAGACAGAGCCAGUCAGUCCUGUUAGGAUCAUGUGUCCGAAAAGGAGACGCCUGUUACAGGCCUCCUACUCUGGAGAGUCGAUUGACAUUGAUGUGGAAGGAAAGAACAGUGGUGAGAAUCAGUCUCAAAAGUCCCAGUCAGCUGAGCCUCAUGGCAACCCUGUUGCAUGUCAUCAGGACACAAAUCUUGCUUCUAGUCCAGGCAGCAGGAGAUCUUCAAUAUCAGGUGGGAGAGGUGGUGGAUCUGGGCGCCGGCCAGAGUCUGUCCUGCGUGGCCUUCUCAGGCGACAAGAUACGAUUGAGGAUAUUGAUAUAGAAGUCUCACCAAACCCUCCAAGCGAUACGUCACUGCCCUCAGGUGGUUUUAAUAUGCCUCGUUCAAUGAGCCUGACAGAUCGGACCACGCCAUGUAUACCCAGUACACUGCCUCGCCAAAGUUCUGAGCCUAUUGCAAAACCAACGGGACAGCUUGACAAGUCCCCUGAAGCGAAAACUUCAGAGGAGAGUAGCCCUGGAUCAGAAGAGAGACAGGGAACAGAGUCAGGCUCUAAGAAUAUGCUACGUGAGCUUGUCAGUAGAGCUGUAGCAGAAAGAAGACCUGACGGAGUACAGCGGAGAGGUUCAGAGGGAAUUAUUUUUAGAAAGACUGGAAGCAUUGAUGAGACUUCAAGUGGACAGCCAGCUCCCCGCAGCCACAGGCAACGUAGCUACAGCUUGACAGAGGGUGAUGCCAGGCUACCACCCAAUGGACUAAACCCAGACUUUCAAGUAAACCAGCAAGCAGAAGCUAACCGCGAGAAGGAGCAACCUCAUGUACCUAUGAAUUACCCGGCACAUGAGCAUAACCCUCCUCGUAUGGCUUACUACCCAAGGUAUUCUGGUCUUGUUCAUCAGCCUUUUGCAGUUGACAAUGACCCAAGAAAAAUGUGGCGCAGUUUACCUACAUAUUCUUCACAAGCUAGCGUUCAGAGCGAGCCUUCUGUUCCAUCAGUUCCAAGCUCUGAUCAUACAAAAGGAGCUCUGCCGACCCAGAUGUCGGAGGACUCAUUUCUUUACAAUUGCCUUAGGCAGCCAGGCAAUGUUGGUCCAAGACGAAAGCGCAGUCCGGCUGCAUUGAGUAGCCAGCACUCAUCAGAUGGAGCUAAUCCAAACUGGACAGGCCACAAUCAGUUUAAUGAGGCGGGUAGAGUUCCCAUGAUGGGAUAUCAAGGAGCUUGGCCACACUAUCAUAGAGGGAUGCACCACCAUCAUAUGCUGAUGAGACAAAAUGCUGAUGACAAAUCUACUUCCCCUAGCAUUUCGUCUAGUACACCUCAUAGACUAGGCCUUAAGCCAGACCAUCCUAUGUAUUCCAGUCUGGAAAGAUCUUUGUCCCAGCAUGGAAGUGGAGAAAUGCGCAGUUUUGACAGGAGGAGGCCGCCGAUGUUGGAACAUGGUGGCAGCAGUGAAUCCAGUCAGGAACUUGUCCAGGUGGAAGACAUCACUCGUCAGGUUCAUCGUGCCAUCAGUGGCACGGCUGGACUCUAUUCCACAGAAAGAGCAGCUGUAGCCUGGAGUGACCAGUCUUCUGGCAAUAACACUUCGCUGGAAGAACAGAGCUCUAAGGACUUGGACAAGAAGCGUAGCAGAAAGUCCACCUUCAAUAUCUACCGAGAGAUUCCAGAGAGAAAGCGCAAGCUAGACCGCGACGAAGAGGAGCGCAUCAAGAGUAGCUACAAUCCAGAUGGCAGCUUUGAUUACUUUUCGCUGACAGGAUGGAAAGCGUACAAGUGUGAGUUGUGCAAGAAACGGCGAUUCAAGACUGCUUCUGAGCUGGAGGAGCACAGGCGUCGUAAGCAUUCCCUUCAGCACGCCCAUGUAGGUAAUGCAUCAUCAUCGUCUUCAUCAGGAGUUGGAGCAUCCUUAGAUGACGGCUCAAGCAGUCCUCAGCUGACAUCCCAGCUGUCCAACGGAUGAAGAGCAACGUGCGGUCUUACCAAGCGGUUGUUAUAUCAAGGUGAUUUGUUGUUUGGAUGCCUGUGCAGAAAGUUAGGCUUUCUACACUUUGAUGUCUGCACCAAGAUGAAAGCAAAAAGUUUGCUAAGGUUUGUAUCGAUUGGUGUUUUGAGAGAAAGGUUGGGAGUGUUUGAAUAGGAUCAUUGGUUUAUGAGUUGCCUACUUCCAUAGUGAGAAGAUUGCAUGACUAGGCUUCAUAAGAAAGCAUGUGUAUGAUAAGACCAAGCUCGAUGUUUGAACCAAAUUUAGUAUGUCAUGUGUGCCAAGGAUGAAUUUUUUAUUUUUAAUCUUCAUUCAUUAUAUAUUAAACUUGACGGUAGAUGAGUCCUGUUAAUUAUCAGUUUAGAUACUCCUAGAUGGUAGUUUUAUUGGUGUUUUGUCCCCGUGAUCUACUUCAUCUAAAUCACACAAGGUGCAAUGAUCAUUAUUAAUGUUUGAAGCAAAUUUGUGUUCUGUGCAAUGCCAGUAUGGUCCAGUGCAUGCACUAUAAAUAUAAUAUUAUUCUACAGCUUAAUUCAUUCAUUCUGAUAUGUUCAUCAUACAAUCAUGUAGCGGUAGCGUACACAUGUCCAUCUUUUGCACAAAAAUGUACAUCUAAAUGUUCCUAGAUUAGAGUUUAUGGAAUCGUAUUUCUAGCUGGCACUCGGUCUUCAUGUCGUUAUCUGGUAUCAUUUUUUAGUGAUCUUGUUGUUCACAAAAUGGAACAGUGUACGAUAUAUUAAAAGCAAUCGUCCUUGUUUAGUCCAUGGUAUGUAGAAUAAUCAGUUUUUGUUGUAUUAAAGUAAGAGUGUGCCUGAUAAGAUGCUUUUGUAAAGAGAGCAUUAGAAAUUUGCAGCUGAUAGGGUUGAACCAAGAUAUAUAUUUUUAUGAUAUACUGAAGAAUUUUUCUUUAGGGAUGGGUGCCCAACUAAGGUUCAUAUUUGUUUUGUCCAACGUCCGUCUUUUUGUUGUUUUUCAGUCGGCAGCUAGAUUACUGUAUCCGUUAAAAGGGUAUCGUCCACUCUAUCGAAAAGCAGCGUUUACAAUGAAUAAUAAUUUUUGUUGCGAUACAGGUAGAUUUCUGAAAGUUUCAAAUUUUCUACUUUUUCUUUAACAAUUUAAAAUCACUAACCAUGUUCCAGUGAUGGGUUUGUAGAGUAUGUGAUUGGUUGAAAUUGGUUCACAUUAAUGCUGCUGGAAAUUAUGAUCAUGCUGCAAAUUGUGUUCGCUGUAGUCCAUGAAUAAUUUUGAUCAUGCUGUGUAAAAUCGCUGUUCUUCACUGACCUUCUUAAUGUUUAAGGUAGAACAAUGUUCUCAUGAGACUUGUACAAUGUAGUCGUCUUUCACGUCUGAUAUUUUGUUUUAAAUAUAGCUUGUCGUCAAAGGGCCAUUUAUAGGCCUGUGAUUUUCUUGUGAGGAAAGAAAGAAAAAUCAUUGAUUUUUUGCUUAUGAUAUUCAGAAAGCUUCUACAAUUACAAAUCUGUGAAGUAUUUAAACUUUGAGCUGCAUUAUAAGGAACAUUUUACUUCUUUGCAAUCAAGACUUUGUAUAAAUGUUGAAUGGUUAAACCUUAUACACAACUCUAGAUUCAAUUUUGGAUUGUUGUAAUAAAGGUAGAAUAGGAAAUACUGCAAAUAUGAGAAUUAUUUGCUAUAAUUAUAUACCGUGUAUCAAGCAUAUUUGCCAUUUGCAUUUUUGUUAAGUAUAAUCAAAGAUAGUAUCAGUAGGUAUCAUGUACACAACACAAAAUCCAGUUUACAUCAACCAUACAUGCUAGAAAAGGUCCUGAAAUUAUUACUUGUAGAUAAUUGUAAUGUAGAUAUCAAACCUCAAAAAUUAGAUUCCUCUGUAUUCAAGUAGUUCCCUAUCCCCAUAUGAUUGAAAGUUUAAAACAAAAGUAGACCAUUCCCUUUUCAUCCUAUAAAUUGCUGGCAUUUAAAGUUUAAUCCAACUUCACAUCACAACGAUUACAACUACAUGUAGGUACAACUGUAAUUGAAGUAGGUUUUGCAUAAAAUGUAUUUCAGUGAAUUAUAGGAAUCUACAUUGUACAUGUAUGUAUAUGAACUUCAGAACAUGUAGUUCUGGUGAUUUCUAUUUAUUUUUUGCUAUUACCAAUUAGUUACUGGACGAAAGAAAGGAAUGCCACUACUUUAAGUACAUUCUAUGACCAAGAAAACCUAGUCUUUUGUUGAGAACUUAGAUUUUCAUGAAAUCAGCAUUUUUGAAGUACUAACUAAUAUUCAUCGGCAAACAGACUGCAUUCAUGCGGAAUAUGAGUUUGAUUUUAUUCUGUUUGUACCAAAUGGAAGUACAGUAGGCUUUUACUAAGGCGUAGUACUUUUGUUGUAAGAGUCGAGCUUUAUCUUUCUUUUUGUCAUUGCGCAAAGAGCGAUAUGAAAAAAAUCAGUCUUUAGAAAAGAUUAUUUUGCUUCAUGCAAACUGGCUGUUUUCCUGUAUUAGGUUUCUAUUCACUGAAUCAGUAAGAGCAGAAAGUACUAUUUUGAAUUUCUUUAAAAAAAAGCAUAUAUGAUUGCUCUAGGCUUGUGACGCGUAUGAUUUUAUGAUUGGAGAUAAAGGGGUUAGCUGGUUCUAGUCCCGCUUAUCUUCCAGAAAAAGUUUUAAGAAACAAAAGAAUUGAUUAUAACUGUAUAUAUGCAUGUACAAAUUAAGAGUCAUUUUGAUUGAUACUUCAUAUUUUUCAAGAAGUUGUAUGAUUUUUUCUCUAUGAGUAAAUUUGUGACUGGCACUUUUGCCUUCUUUCUUAUUCAAUAUGUAUUUUUUGAUGACAAAAUAUCUAUAUAUAAUUAUAUCUAUAUAUCUAUAUCUAUAUAUAUUCCUUAUAAGUUGUAAAUUGUUCCACUUGUGCUAUUUUUGUUUUUUGUUUUUUGUUUGUUCGAUGUGUGGUUGAAGAUGUUUAUAGUGUUGCCUUUAUAUAUAUAUAUAUAUAUAUAUAUAUAUACCGGUAUAUAUAUAAGACAUGUGAAACUACUUCAUUUGGAAGUAGUCGCUCUGUUCCCCUGGAUUCCAAUCCUAUGUUAGAUAAGGAGCAUCUUUACUUGCUCCCUAAUGCCUGCUUGUGUGCUUCGUUAAACGUGGUUACAAUUUGGGUCGUAACUUCCUCAGGCAAGCCUGGCUAGGGACAGAAUUAACCUGCUCCAAAAACAACAAAAAAGAGUAAAUAAAUAAGGCCUGCUAAGACUAGAACUCAAAAUGUUGGACCUACCUCAAAAAAUGUUUACUACUUGCUUAUUUUAAUUUAGAAACAUUGCUGCAAAUUACAUAAUUAUCAUACUUAAACAUUUUUAUACCUUAUAGAUAAAGAUGAUUUAGACACAAUUUUUGCGCUAACUUUUCGUCAUCAGCGUACCAAAAAUUUAAGUAGACGCAUUCAUUUAAAUUGAGACAAAGCUAUUUUGAAAACUGAUUUGGCAUUUUCUUACUGAUAGCUCUUUGUUUUAUAACUUCUUUCUAGUGGUUGAAUUUUUUUAUUUUUAGGUUGAAUUGGAGAUUUUCUAUGUCCAUCACUGCAAGAGUUGGGGGGGGGGGGGAAUGGACAUCUUUGUUCCUUUUGUAAAUAGAAAAAUUCAGAUGGGACUAAUACAACGGAAUGUCAAUUUUUAUCGCUUACAUAAUCAGUAUAGUAUAAAUUCAGGAACUAAAGAUGCAAAAUCACAAAGGCUGAAAGAAGAAAAAGACUAGGGGAGGAGUGCAUACACUUGUGUGUGGGUUAAAUGACAUGACACAGGCAAGAAUACUUUUAUAGGGUAAAUUCCAACAUUUAAUCUGGCUUUAAAUGCUUCUGAUCUCAAAGGGGGUUGGUUCAAGGGGAACAUGGCGAAAUAUUAAUGCAGUUGGGUAGCGCUUGCAUGUGCAUGUAUGUAUAGUUCAAUUUUUUACAAAGAUAUUUUGUUCUCUAAACAAACGAGAGGCUUUGAUAUUAACAAAAAAAUGAAAGGAAGUUUAUAUGAAAAUGAGUCGACCCUAAGCCGUCCAUUAGACAAAAAGCUUUUAUUGUCUAACAUUUGUUUUGACUCGUAAGUAUGGGAAGUUGUUUUUAUCCAUGUAAUUUUGACAAUCUUCCUGGUAAAAGGAAUAAUGACCCUGUGCUCUACUUGUAAUGUAGAGGCUAAACUAGGAAUGCCUUUUAAGAUACAUAAACCUGGGUUUCUUGUAGCAUCUGAGAAUCGGAAGGACCCAACUCACAUGAUUUUGCGUUGAGAUAAAGACCUUCUGCCGUUCAAUAGAUGUUAUGUUGCCUCAUCUCUAGGAGAUAAAUGAUGCAAUGCAUACAAACUGGCAUGGGCUUUAUGCAUUCGAAUUAUGAAUAAGAUGCACAAAAUAUGACUAAAGAAUCGACCAAUCUCUGUGAUUUCUUAAUGUGCAUGUUUAUGUCAUAUUUAGAUUUCAUUUCAAGUCGGAAAUUCCAGGUUGUCCAUUUGAUGCAACAUUUAUAGGAUGCCAAAACUGUCACGAGGGUUAAAAGAGCUUUAAGGUAUUUUCAUAAAGUAAGUUAUUUAUUUAUGAAACUUUCAAUCAUGGUAAUGAUAUUUUUUUCUUCAAAAUCUUUUGAAGAGAUUGAUUCAUACUUAUAACAUGGGUUAAAGGUAUGUUUUUUUCCUUCAAAUCAUUGUAGAAGGUAAAAUUCCAGAAAUAUAAAAUAAUCAUGAUGCUUUAUAUUGGAGAUUGACUGGCAAAACUAAAACACUGUCAAAAGAACAUCAAUUUUCAGCAUCUGUUUAAAGUAGCAUCACUUUUAUUUCUCUACAGAAUCCUGUAAGACUGUUGACUAAAUUUGACCUAUUCAUAGCCCGCCCGCCUCCCAAGUUUUCUAAUGAAAAAAGAGGUAGCUUCCAACAAAUGAUGUAAAGAUAUAAGCUUUCUGGAAAGGGGGAUUUAUUUUAUAUUUGUUGUGUGUUACAUUUGUAAUUAGCUGAGGAAUUAAUCUGUCAGGGAUUUUGCUCAAUGCAUUUGACUUUGUAUGGCAUGCUCCAUUGGUAGUGGAUGUUAUAGUGUUUAUGCCUGUAGGUUGAAUACAAAGAUUUGUCCUGUGAUAUUUAAUACUAGAAUCAUGUUUGAAGAUUUUUUAUAUGAAUCACCAAGUCAAAAGAAAGGGUCAGGAAAUGUUUGCUUUUUAAAAACAUGAUCGACUCCCAACAUUUUUAUAUUUGUCACCAUACACUUGUACAUGUAUAAUAGUGGGUGUAAUUUGCCUACACAUUUUGUAAAAUGCAGAGUUAUCACAAAACUUAUGAACUAUUUUGGUAUUGUUGUACUUAAAAACCAUUGUAAAUACUAUUUUGCGUCAACAAGUGAUAUUUGUAUGUGACAGUGCAAAAAUUGAAAUUGCCAUGCAUUUGAAUGCAUAAACAUGAUUUUCGAGAGAUGAUAAAUUGAAUUUUAAGAAGAUAUAAGUCAAAAUGUUGCAAUGUUCCUCAUUUUGAGAGGUAACAUGUAUUUGUAAAACGUGUUGAGAAAUGUUUUAUUGUGUAAUAAUGUUUUUUGUGUAUAUCUGAACUGGCUCUGUAAGACAAUAAGUAAACGGUUAUACAAUGUAUGCGUGUCAUAUGGAUUGAACGUGUGAAACAAGGCGAGAAAGCACGGUGAUACAAUGAAUAUCAACUGUCUGUUGUUUUAUGUUACUGGCUGAGAUAAAGAGAAUUUUUUAGGAAGAUAUGCAGAUAUUUUUUAAGAGGAGUAUUCAGUAUAUAGUUAUUACUUCACAUCGUUGAUAAUUAUUUGAAUAUAUUCUAAACGGGAUAUUAUCUCCAUCUCUACUUUUCAUUAAGAACAUGCUCUGAUAGUCCCUGGUAUGCUGUAUCAAAGCUGGAUGAAAAGCCAGGGACGUACUCAUAUUCUUUUACGAAAUUCAAGUUUGAAGACUAACAUCAACAUUUUUUCUGAAUCAUAUUCAAAGUGAAAUGUUUUUGUUUUUCCUUGAGGUCCCUUCCUGAUGUAUAGGUUUCUAUUAUCUAAGAAGAUGUUUUUAAGGGGGGGGGGGGGGGGUCUGUUUCAGAUCAAACAAUGAACAUUAAAAGACUGCUAUGUAGGCCUAUCUAAUUAUUAAAUACAAUUCGUUCCAGCAGAAAAAUGCUUUUUUUUUGUGCACACGUCAUGAUCUUUGAGUACACCUUCUUUAUGAAGCAAACAACAGACAAAUUCAUUACAUUUGGCAUGCAUGUCAUGUUCUGAUUAUAUAUAAAAAAAAAUACCACUGACAGACUGCUCUGCUCAUUUGAACGAGUGUUAUGCAUGUAAUAUUAAUAUGUUAUUUUUUUCAAGAGGAUUUCAUGUACAUCCCAACUAUUGAAUCUCUUUUUUAACCAAGGUUCUUCAAGCACCAUCAUUGUUGAUGAUGUGAUUUUCAGAAUUGAACCUUAAGAAGAAAAUGUCCACUCAGAAAGCUCUUGAUGUGUUCGGGGUUUUCCCUAGGGGAGACAGUUAAUUACCCCCUUUUCUCAGACUUUCAGUAUGGCUUUGUUUUUUUGUUUCUGGGUAAUAAAAGCCUCAUUUGUGUGCUCCGGAGAAAAUGAUUUUACUGGUACUUUGCAGAAGUACCUGAAGAUGUUUAGAGAAUUAAAGUACCCAAGAUGUUUUUGUCAUUUUAGUAGGAUACUUCUCUGUCACCUUUAUGUCGUUAAGUCAUUAUGCAGAUGGAAUUUAAUUUUGCUUGGAAAUGUCAAAGGUGAUUCAUAGAGUUGAUAUACUCAGAUAAUUGCAAUAAGAAGAAAAAAAUGGAUCAAAUCUGAUAUAUUCUUUAUCCCAUAGCAGUUCUGAAUUUCCUAAAGUUUAAACGAAAUCCCUUGCCAUCUUCAAAUUGGCAGCAGUUAUGCUUAUCCUUCACUUGGUAGUUAAAAAUUAAAAAACUUAAAUGAAGCAACUGGAUUGCCAAUUUGUUUAAUAAUGAACAUAGUAAUUAUGGUAGAGAAUAUUUCAGACUGGAAUCCCAACGCUGUCACAACGUGUAUGUCAACUCGUCCAUGCAUUCUAAAAAGGUUUAUGUAAUAGCCAUCUAUUUGCAAAUGGAGUAAUUGAAAGAAGCAACAACUCUUGUAUAAAAUAAAAGGGGAUCCCAAGUUCUAUAAUGAUAUUCACAAUUUUAGGUACGGUACAUGGUUUGUGUGAAGCUGAUAACACAAAGGAAUGUACACCUGUAAACGCUGUAAAGAAUGAAUAUGAAAGAAGUGAGGGAGGUUUUUGUAAUUCAACUGAAUUUUUUUCAUUUUUGACAAAAAAUUGUGUCUCACUUUGAUAAACAAAAUAAUAAAUGUAGACUCUAGUUCUCUUUUAAGAAAGAGAGAGAGAGAGGUAAAAAGAAAAGAUUAAGCUACAGGUAUUAAAAAAUCUCUUUUGACAUAUUCAUAACACCCUGCAAAUGUUAAUGGCAUGAAGGGUUGUAUAUCAAUAUACCUCAGAAUUAAAAAAGAUGUUUUGUAAUGUACAUCGAUGCUGUACAUUACAUCCAUGUCCUGCAUUCGUUCAAAUGGUAUUCCUGAUGGGCGGAAAUAGUUCCUGAUGGUUAAUAAUCCUUUUCUGAGGAAUAACUACGUCUUCAGUGUAGGUGUUUUUUCCGUGGGAUGUUGAUAAUGCUCCUGAUGAGUAGAAGGUCACUCCUAGCCUUCGUUCAUCCUCCUACACAAUGCUUCUUUUACGCUUGGGAUGUUGUGUAUCUUCAUCACUGUGGGUGGGGUAUCCAAGGACUACGCAUCACUGGAGGAGAGCUUAAAGAUCAAGUUGAGUUCUGGUAAUAAUAAUAAUAACGAUAAUAAUGGUGGCUUCAAAUAUAGCGCACAUGUCCGUCACGUCGUGAUGCGAUAACAUUGCAAAUGAAAAGCAAUUGCGAAAGGUGUGGGUAGGGUAUCCAAGGACUACGCAUCACUGGAGGAGAGCUUAAAGAUCAAGUUGAGUUCUGGUAAUAAUAAUAACGAUAAUAAUGGUAGCUUGAAAUAUAGCGCACAUGUCCGUCACGUCGUAAUGCGAUAACAUUGCAAAUGAAAAGCAAUUGCGAAAGGUGUUGUGACGGAGUAGACAAAAAUGUACAGUGAGGCUUUGGAACCAUAAAAAUGAUAAGAAAUUUAUCAAUUCUUGCUGAAUGCCAUAGGUGCACAGAAAUGGGUACAUGGGACUACACUCAAAUGUUUGGUCCAAACAUUUUUAUGUAUUUCUUGUCCCAUUUCAAAUACGAGGGCAUUUGAAGAGAAAUCCUUUUCAGGAGACAUUUCUGCUAUGAUAUUCUUCCAAACUGCUAUUAUAGAAUGGAAAAGAGUUGAUAAAUUAUUUUCCAUCUUGACCAGAACUCUACCUUCUCUUGAACCUUUAGGAUGGGCCAAGCCUUUUCAGUGAUAUCGUUAAUUUCAUUAUCAUAUAGAACAUUGAGGUCUAUUGGCUAGAUAUAUCGGCAUUCUGUCAUGCACUGUUUUGACUGAUCUUUACAAAUAUGCUGACCCCCUGCCAUUUAUAGUCUCUAACUCUAAUGUACUUUUGUAUUUUUUAUAACUUCAUGAAAUAAUCAAGCCAUUCAAGUCCAUUUGUUGGAAUGCAUCUGGUUAAAAUGAUAUAUUUUUUGGUUGAAAAUUAUUAUUGAGUCAAUAAAUCACUCUGAGAUUUCCCGUUUCAUUAUUAUAACUUCAUGAAUCCUUGGUUAAAAUGAAUUAUUAUAUUAAAACAAGUUGAAAACAGAGAUAUAUUAAGAUAAGUUAAAAACAGAGAUAUAUAAAAACUAGCACUCCUGCAAAAGUUGCUUGUGUUUUUUGUUUUUACAUGAAUGAAACUCAACUUUCUUUGCAUCAAUAUUUAUAUUGCUAUAGUGACAAAGUGUUCUUUGUAUACAAGGAAAACUUGUUCCAUUCUAUUAGUGAUCACUACACAGAUCUAUGGCAUAACUGGUCUUGAGAUGUAGUAUGAAACUGUUACUUUUCAACUUUAAUCUCAUUCUUUUACAAUAUGUGAUUGUUUCAUUUGUGCUUAAUCAUGAUUCUUGUGCUUGUUUCAAAUGUAAUGCCGUACUGAUGAAUUGGUAUCACCCAGAAUAUAGCCCUGUUCACAUAUGAUGGGAUGAACUGCCUCGUAAAAUGAUGCAGCAAAAUAAAAACAGUUUACAAGUCAAUGAUUGGCAAGUAAAGAGUCGAAGAGAAAGUAGUUGCAUGCAACUAAGAGACCACUCAACAUAUAUAUAUAUAUAUAUAUGUACUUAUCUUGUAUGCUAUAUGAUACAGAAAUGUCAGGCACACUGUGCUUGUGUCAUUUUUAUUUUGCCGCGGAAUUUGUUUUUGGUGGCAGUUAACUGCUUCAUAUGUGAACAAAGCUUUCAGAAAGAAAAAAUUACACAGAUGUCACAGAAAAUACAGGAGACACGUUGAAUGUGAAAUGCACUGUACUCAUAAGAAUGAAAGACUUUUUUUUAUUGGAAUGGAGUAAAAAGAGAGCCAUGUUUGGACUGUAUAACACUA